ACCAGCGGGAUUGUCCUGUAAAUGUGGAAGUACCCGGGUCAGUCCAUCAUCAUCAUCAUCAUGCCUUUGAAUAUCAUCUCCCUCGAUAUCCGCCACGGCUGGGUGGACGAACCCACCAGGCGCGGCACAUGGAGCAUCAUCUCCGGCUGCCUGUUGACCAUCCUGCCCAAACUCCCUGCGCGACCGAGUACAGCUGGCCUCGAUCGGGGUGCUGGGACCCGAGUUUAUCCUCAUGUUGGCCCUGGGCCAGUGGUCCUCCGCGCGGGCGACUUUGCACGGGUGAGGAUGGCCAAAGCCACGCGACCGGAUCCCUGGACCCUGACGCUUGCCUUCUACGCGGAUAUGGGGGAAUUCUGGCUGGACAGCCCGGGGAUCGAGAGAGAGCCUUCCCCCGACAACUUCCCCGUCACCGAUCGAAUGGCGGACGGCAUCGCGACCCCCCGUGCUGCUCCUCUCUGGCGCGAUGUCUCUGGUCGCCUGGCACUUCCCCUUCCCGGCCCCGGUGGAACACCUCCUUUGGCGGAUUAUCCCCGUAACGAGGUGCCCCUGCGCGUACUACUGCCGACCUCGGUGCUCUGCGCGCUGUACUGCGUAGAUCGAGCGUAUAUCCUGACGGAGGACUUUGUCGGGUUCCGCAGCUUGCCGGCCAGUGCCUUGGAGACGUAUCACAGUGCAGACCUAGUGUACCCUGUUUACCUGUUCUACCCGUUCGACCUGUUUGACCUGUUUGACCUGUUUGACCUGUUUGACCCGCUCUACCCCAACAACCCGACUGUCCGCAACCUCCUUAACUGCCUGCCAGUUCCUGAUCCUGUUGGUAGCUCUUCGAGCUACAUCUUGUCUAUGAACCUGAGGAUAGCCUGA